UCUUUAUUUGAAUUCCCUGCAUUCGCCGUUGGAUGCACAGCUGCAACAGGGGACAUUCGGUUUUAAUGAUCUCUAACCAUUUAUUAAUUUCAUAGGCAGACCAAUAGGGAAGACCAGGAAAAGCCUUCUUCAGGACUGUUUGGGCACUAAAAUCUGAAGUGUGCAAGGGCCUGGUGGAUAUUGUGGGACGAGCAACAAGCACAAGAAGAGCUUGACCGACAUGGAGGAAAUCCCUCUGGAGGAUACAGACAGAACCAGCAUGGAGUACAGGCUCCUUAGGGCCUACUCGCAGCGGCGACUGUCCGCGAGCAAGUACGGGCAACUGCUAGAAAGAGAAGCCAAAGCUGAGGAAGAAAGUAGAGCGAUCAUGCCAGCCGGCAGUCUAGCCAAGGACGAGGUCACCCUUCCAGAAAUUUCUCCGAUAGACCACAAACCGCCUGCCCAAAACAAGGACCAGAAGAAGGUGAAGAAGAAGAAGAAGAAGAAGAAGGCGGCGAAGGAGAUGAAGGCAAAGAGCAGCUGGAAAUCCCUUUGCAUGCCUUCUUGUCUAAGGCCACAAGGAAGAGAUGUCAGGCCACAAGGAAGAGAUGUCAGGAUCCGAACGAUGUUCCUAGAGCAGGAGCCUACCAACACCAGUUCUGCGUGGCCGGAGGAGCCUGGAAGUUUACCGGAUGGGCAAAAUGACUCGGAGAUCUCUCAUUUGGUAGAGAGACUUGCGGAAAUAGUGGAUCAUUCCAAAUUUCCCCCUGGAAGAAAGAGCUCCCAAGUGGUGGAACGUACAUUGAGUCUAGAAGAAGAUGGUGGCUGGGUCAGCAACCAGGGUGGUGAUGAUGGAAUAGUAAUCAAUCAGUCACUCAUUACUAGUGACAGCUUGCAAAAGCCUUUGUCCAAGAGCUUUGUUAUUUUACUUCCUGUGUUAAGAAAAGAAAACGAGCUAGUUUUUUUUAUCUUUUUACCAGAUAACAAAGAAAAGAUAAUCGAUGCAAUCGUUGCCUUGUUACGGAAGUCAGGAGAUGAGCUUCAGGAAGCGACGCAAAAGAAUAAGACUUUUUGGCAGCGCAUCAGGGAUAUGAUAACCUCCUAUGCUUUCUUCAGGAGAGUGAUUGACCAGUACUUUGAGGAGACACCCAUAGAUUCCACAGGGAACUCUGAGGAUCAGGUUAAGAGCAUCAAAGUUGCAUUGAUGAUGGAAGCCACAACCAGACUCACUGCAAUGGACAGCCACCCCAUGAGCCUGAUGCUAGGCUUUGGAACAAAGUACCUGCAGGAAAACUUCAGCCCUUGGAUCCAAAGCCAAGGGGGAUGGGGAAAAGCUUUAGGAUUACCAGACCAGGAAGAAUGAAUGAUGAAAGGAGAUCUUCUUCAAGAGUGUUGAUUAAUAUGGAGCAAGUGAUUGGGAAGUGAGAGGAAAAAAAGCCAAGGCUUGGUCACUUUCAUGAUGGCCUCCAAUACUUGUAGAUGAUGCUACACAGAAUCAUAAGACUAACAACUGCAGCACUAGGAUGUCGUGGG